AUGCGUGUGAACAACGUGUACGACAUCGACAACAAAACAUAUCUGAUCAAAUUGUCACGUACCGACGAGAAGGCGGUGAUUCUGUUCGAAUCGGGUGUCCGAUUGCAUCAGACAUUCCACGAGUGGCCAAAGUCACAGACGCCCUCAUCGUUCUCAAUGAAACUGAGGAAACAUAUCAAUCAGAAGAGACUCACUUCGAUCCGAGUCGUCGGAUUCGAUCGUCUCGUCGAGCUGGUCUUUGGAACGGACGACCGUGAGAAUCGUCUCUACGUAGAGCUCUACGACCGUGGAAAUGUCGUUUUGACUGACAACGAACUCACAAUUCUCAACAUUCUCCGCGUUCGAACCGAUAAAGACACGUCGGUGAGAUGGGCGGUCCGCGAGAAGUACACGUUCAACGAGGAGGCGGAGCGAGAAAGGAGCGGAGUCACGAUGGAUGACGUCACGCGGGCGAUUGGAGGGAUUCCAGAGGGAAAAGAGGAACAAUUGGGAAGAGUGAUGUCACAAUUGACAAAAUGUGGAAAUCCGAUAACGAAGGAGAUUCUGGCGGCGUGUGGGAUGAAGGCGGAGAUGAAGGUGUCGAGAAAGACGGAUGUGGAGACGGAAUUCCGGGGAAAACUGGAGGAAAUCCGGAAGGAAACGGAACAUGUGUGGGAGCAAGUCGAGGAACAACCGAGGGGAUUCAUUAGUUAUACGGAGAUUCUUUCACCGACGUCUCAACCAAUCCAACUCUACAACGAAUUCAACCCGAUUCCGAUGCCAUUCACUUCGAAACUUCAAAAAGAACUGCCGUCGUUCUGUGAAUCCGUCGACGAGUUCUAUUCACGAAUUGAGACGCAAAAACAAGAGCAGAAAGCGGUGAAUAUGGAGAAGCAGGCGUUGAAAAAGUUGGAGAAUGUGGAGAAGGAUCAGAAGGAACGGAUUGAAGCGUUGCAGCUGACACAAGAACAACGAGAGCACAUGGCGAAUCGGAUCAUUCUCAACCAAGAUUUGGUGGAAAAAGCGCUUCUCCUGAUCCGAAGUGCGUUGGCGAAUCAAUUCUCGUGGCAAACAAUCGAAGAAAUGCGUAAAAACGCGGCGAUGAACGGAGAUCUAGUCGCCAAAUCGAUCGAUUCGUUUAGAUUCGAGAACAACGAAUUCUUUAUGAAUCUCGGGGAUCCAUAUGACGAGGAGGCGGAGCUUCUGAAAGUGCCAAUCGAUAUUUCGAUGAAUGCGUCGAAAAAUGCGCAGAGACACUUUGUGGAUAAGAAAUCGGCUGCCGAGAAAGUGAAGAAAACUGUCGCAUCGUCGGAAAAAGCGAUUAAAAACGCACAGGAAAAGGCGAAAAGUACACUGGAACAAGUUAAAAUUGUGACGGAAGUCAAAAAGUCGAGAAAGGCGAUGUGGUUUGAGAAGUUUCGGUGGUUUAUCUCGUCGGAAGGGUAUAUUGUGGUCGCUGGACGAGAUGCUCAGCAGAAUGAGUUGUUGGUCAAGAAAUACCUCCGCCCAAAUGACAUCUAUAUGCAUGCAGACGUGCGUGGCGCGUCUUCAGUGAUCAUCCGCAAUAAAUCAUUCGAAGAAUCGCAAGAAAUCCCACCGAAAACUCUGACAGAAGCCGCCCAAAUGGCCGUCUGCUAUUCGAACGCGUGGGAAGCGACAGUGACGGCGUCGGCGUGGUGGGUACAUCCGAAUCAAGUCAGUCGUACUGCUCCAACCGGGGAAUAUCUGCCAUCUGGAAGUUUCAUGAUUCGUGGAAAAAAGAAUUUCAUGCCGCCAAGUCAAUUGGUGAUGGGAUUGGGAGUACUUUUCAGGAUGGACGAUGAAUCGAUUGAGAGGCAUGCGGCACUGGAAAAAGCUAAGAAAUCCGAGGAAAAUCCUGAUGAAAAUGUACAAAUCGGAGCGCAACAAGACGAGGAACUGUUCCUUAUCGAAGUUGGACCGAAAAAUCCGCCGAAAAACCAGCAAAAUGCACAAAAAUUGGCCCAAAAUCCGGAAAAAUCGACUCAAAAGUACUUGGAAGAGAAAAUUAAAGAGCAAAUGGCUGGUCCGAGUGCGAAGACUCAAAAGAGAAAGCAACGGAAGGAGAAAAUGGUGAAACAAAAGUACAAAGAUCAGACGGAUGACGAUUUGGAGCUUCAUAAGGAGUUGUUGAAGCCGCAGGGCAAGAUUGAGCCGAAAAACGAGGAAGUUCCUGUGAAAAACGAGGAAAAACCACAGAUUUUCCAUGAAAAACUUGAAAAACCGCCGAAAAUCGAGAAAAUUGAGAAAAAUGAGGUAGAGGAGGACGGCGAGGAGGCUGAUGAGGAGGAUAAGGAGGCGAAUGCUGAGGAGAUGACACUCUUGACGACACUCACAGCUCAACCGCUUGAUGAGGACACGCUGUUGUUUGCGGUGCCCGUCGUGGCGCCGUAUUCGGCUCUCUCCACGUACAAAUACCGUGUCAAAAUCACCCCGGGAAUCGGAAAACGUGGAAAAGCGACAAAACAGGCGAUUGAAUUGUUCACGCGCCAAAAAACGGAUCGUCAAGCAGCGCUCAUCAAAUCCCUUCUCUCCGACGACUCUGCCUCCAGAAAUCUUCCGACGAAAGUUCGCAUCUCGGCACCUCAACUCCAUGCUAAAUAG